UUCUACUGUAGUAUUUACUUACCAUUAUACAAGUUGAUCUAUUUUUUAUUUUCAUUAGCAAGUGGUCAACCUGAAGCACUCAAUGAGCUCAUAUCCCAUGGUGCUACAUUAGAUGUGGUUGAGAAGAACGGAGCCACACCUCUACACCUUGCUGCACAAGUCUCUGCACCAAUAAGUGAUGACGAUGAAGCACUGAAUAUCAGCAAUGGAGCAAAACAAUGCAUUGAAAUCUUACUCAAAGCUGGUGCUAAUGUCCUAGCUGCUGAUGGGGAAGGCAGGCAGCCACUGCACUGGGCAUUACAAUUACAAGAUAACACUGAUGCUGUUGACCUGUUGAUAUCAGGAGGUACCAAUCCAAAUACUAAAGUAACCGAUGGGCUUCCAGGUCUUCACAUUGCAGCUAAAUACGGUAUAACAGAGAAUUGUCGGCAUCUUAUUGAAGUGCAUGGCGUUGAUGGGAAUACUAUUGAUGAUUAUGGACAGACUCCACUCUUCUAUGCAAUCGAGAGUCAAGCCAUAGACUGCUCAGCCUAUCUUCUUAGCAUUGGCUGCUCUGCUAAUGAUAAGAACAAUGAAGGAAGGAGUCCAGUUCACAUUGCUGCUACAGUUGGCUCAAUUGAAGGAUUGGAGUUACUGUCCAGUUAUAAUGGGGACAUCAAUAUUCAGAGCAAUCAAUGCAUUACGCCACUUCAUGAUGCAGCAGUCAAUGGACAAACCAGUGCACUGAUGUAUAUACUAAGCGCUGGUGGUAAUCCAAGCCCAGUUUCACCUGAUACUAGUGUUCCUUCUCCACUGCAUUAUGCUGUCUCUGAGGGAUACAAGGAUUGUGCACAGAUUCUGAUUGAGGCUGGAGCUAAUGUCAAUGCCUUCAUCAUAACGGAAAAAGACGAGAGCCCACUAACUCCUCUUGACUAUGCUACUGACUAUCCAGAGAUAAAAGAGUUGCUUUUAUCAAAUAAUGCCCUGCCUGGGAAAGACAUUGAUGUGCCAAAACCAGAAGGAGAAGAAGAGGCUCACGUUGAGGAAGAAGAAAUAGCUACAGAGGAAGCUACUGAGCCAGUUACUGAGGAAGAACCUCCUGAGCUGAGACCAAUCACUACACCAACCCUAAGGCAACAAGUAUCCCGAGAGUCUUUAGAUCCUUUUAAGGAAGUACAGAAACCAAAGGAACGAAAGAGUCUCCUUUCGCGUCUAAUGAGACGUGACAGACCACCCCCCGACUCUAUAAAGUACAGUGUUGUUGGUCUCUAUGGAGCUCAAGCAACCAUGCUUGCUGCUGGACUGUUAGGUACGCCACUUGGUGACAAAGCCUUUAAAGUGGCAGCACAAGUCACGACUGACAAUGCAGCAGAGUUGAAGAGAGAGGCAGCCGAUAUGGACACAGAUGCACUCCAAGAGUUGGAUUGGCUAGAAACACCGAUCCCUGAGCCAAGCCCUUCACCAGUGCCUAUAGAAAUACCUCCAACACCACAACCAACACCUCCACCUAAAGUGGACUUUCAUAUGAGCCCCGAUGAGAGAAGAAUGAGAAAAGCAAAAGCUCAAAUGGAUGAGAGUAAAUCCCUUGCCUUCCGUGCCAUUGAAGAACUACUGAAGGCUCAAAACACUCGCUCACAACUGACGAGACGCUUUGUAAUGGCAGAGCUAAAGGAUAGUCUUGCUGCAAGAAGAGAAAAGGCUCGAAAUGCAGAAGAAAAGGCAAGAGCUGAGUCUGAAAAAUUACUGGCUAAGUAUAACGAACAAAUGGAGAAGGCAGCAGCUCAAUCAGAAAAAAUGAACAGUCGUGUUGCAGAGCAGAUAAACAGUGCACGGAAGAUUAAUAGCGAGAUUGCACACUCCAUGAGUGCACUAGGAAUCAGCUCAAGGCCGUCUGUCUCUGAAUGGCUGAGGAAAAAAGACGAGGAAAAGAAAGAACAGCUUAAAUUUAAACUUCACGACUGGCACAAAAGCAGAGAGCAGAGGGAGCUGGCCAUCUCUCUCAAACAGGCAGUCACUACACACAGGGCCUUACAUCAUGCUGCUUGGAAUACCAAGAAAGAACUAACAGCUCAAAACGAUGCACUGAAGAAAAGAGAAUUGACCACUGGAGGGACCACUAGACAUCACAAAAGAGCAGCUACAACUGGAGGUAUUUCAUUAAAAUCUCCUCCUCCUCCAUCUCUCUUGGGACACAGACAAACUGUUACACAGAAUCUAGCUAGAACUAGAAAAGUAGUCUCAACGCCAUCGAAAACUAUCACUACUGAAGGAUGCAUCAGAGCAACACCGAUCGGUUUUUUAAAAGCAAGGGACACUUCUCCCCUUCCUCUUUCUUCUGGUAAACUAAUCCGACGUUCCUCUGAUUCACUGGCCGACAGUACACUUUGGAAGAUGGGGGAAUCAUACAUUGGGCAUAAGACAAGAUUCCAUUCCGGUAUCAAUAGCAGAGCAUACGGACCGAGAACUGUCCAUGCUGAAUCCACACUCAACUUUGUCCCACCAAACGAGUACAAGGCAAGAAUGAGGACACGAAGCAAGAGCCCGCAGCAGUCACAGGCUGAUCAUCACUCAUUGGCUGCUACUCUAGUACCAGCUCAAUCCUCAAGAGUCCAAUAUAGCUCUCAUGCUGAAGGAAUGAAGAACAAGAGAAGGACACUCUCACCACCACAGCCUGAUAAGAUACUACCAAUGAAGAUAAUUGACCAACCAUUUAGUGUGACUGUUUAAAGUUAAUUUACUCAAUUUAGCAUAAUAUGUUAUUUUUAAAUUUAUUUAAACCCACGUUUAAUUUUGACGCUAUAAGAAAACACUA